AUGACAUCCCUUCCUAAGCACCUGACAGGCGACCAAGCCUCGAUUGACGAGUUCAUUGAUAAAUUCGACGUGCGCGUCCUAUGGUCCGGUGAUCAUACAUUUCCCGGAACGGUAGAGACACUGGAGUUGUUGAGAUCCAAAGGGAAGAAGACUAUAUUUGUUACGAACAACUCCACCAAGUCUCGCCCCGAGUACCAAAAGAAAUUCACUUCCCUGGGCAUACCCAGCCAUGUUGACGAAAUAUUUGGAUCUGCGUAUUCCUCAGCCAUCUACAUCUCGAGAAUCAUGAAGCUUCCGGCUCCCAAGAACAAGGUGUUUGUGCUGGGAGAAGCUGGGAUUGAGGCCGAAUUAAGGAGUGAGGGCGUCGAAUUCAUUGGAGGGACAGACCCGGCUUAUCGACGAGAUAUAACUCCAGCAGACUACAAAAACAUCGCAGAUGGGUCGAUGCUGGAUGACAAUAUCGGGAUAGUGCUGGCCGGCUUGGAUUUGCACAUAAACUACUUGAAGUUCUCAUUGGCGUACCAGUAUCUACAGCGCGGGGCCAAAUUCCUGGCUACGAACACCGAUAGCACGUUUCCUUCGCAUCAUGCAUUCUUUCCAGGAGCGGGCUCAAUAUCCAUUCCCCUGGUGAAUAUGACAGGACAGCAUCCUAUAGCACUUGGGAAGCCUAGCCAAGCGAUGAUGGACUCGAUAGAAGGAAAGUUCCAGUUUGAUCGCAAGAAGACUUGUAUGGUUGGAGAUCGAUUAGACACCGAUAUUAGAUUUGGCAUCGAAGGUAAACUUGGAGGCACCUUGGCCGUCCUGACGGGCGUGAGUAAGAAAGAGCACUGGGAGGCUGAAGGAGCAGAGGUGAUCCCAGCGUAUUAUGUUGAUAAGUUGAGCGACUUGAUGGGCUGA